CGAUGUAACGAUCCCUCGGGGCGGCGGAGGACGAGGCUGAUGAAUGAGCUGAGAGGGGCUGACAGAAGGCAGACGGGCUCGGGAAAGAUGACGUGAGGACGAACCGUCCGAUGGAGCGUCAGCAUCCUCUCCAGACUCUGACUACAUCGUCUGAAUCCCCCAAUUUACGCGACGUGACAAGUGGAAAAAAAGAGAAGUGAAUAAGACCAGGGACCGGCGUAGAUUUUUUGCGGGCAAUGAUCUGUUGAAGGAUGUGAUGUCAGGAUCAUGCACUGAUGCGUUUCUCUGCAUUUUCUCCAGAAGCGAGGGAGACGAAGCCCUGUCAUGAAAGAUGUCCGCUUUAAAGGACUUGUUUUGCGCCUGUAAAACUCGCUAAUCUUGGACGGCCUUGGUCGAGGUGGAGGAUUUGAUGGCAGAGCGGACCCCGAGGAAGAAGGAGCCAGGGACUAUCACUGGGAUUUACGAACUGUCGCUUUAUUGAGCUCGAAGGGUGAAUGGGUUUUCACGGCUCGGGAUAAGCAUCUCUCCUCUGACGGGUGUUUUUUAUCCGGUCACAUUUCACAGCUCACAUCAGCACCAGCAGCAGCAGCAGCGGGAUAGCAACCAAUGGAUAAAGUCAAAGCAGUUUUUUUUUUUGGACAUUUUAACUUUGUUUUUGUACAGGUUAACUUCACGCAUUGGUGCUUAAUUUCACUGCCCGCCCUGUCAGUCAGAGUUUAGGUCGUUAAUCCUCGCUUGGCCAUAACCGAGGAGUUGUAUUUAGCAAGCUAACGGUAGCAACCACUGCCACAGAGCUGCGGUGCGUUCACGGUUAUCAUGUCUGCACGUUUGCACGGGUGAAACGAAGCUAACUCCCCAAAAUGAACCCAAGGGCAUAAACAACAACAUCAACAAGUCAUGUCGGACUGAAAACAGCACUGUGGCUCCACCGGCCGUGAAGUCACAACAGCAACCAGAGCGGCUUAUUACCAGUGGUGGCAGAGAGGGGAUCAAAAAGCUGCAGUUAGCCUCCAGCCUGUUCACACCGCCCUCCACAGACCACCGACAGGAGCAUUUUCAACUCACUUUUUAGCCACGAAACCAGCAAAAAUGGGAGAGCAGCCCAUCUUCAGCACACGGGCCCACGUCUUCCAGAUUGACCCCAACACCAAGAAAAAUUGGGUCCCCACGAGUAAACAUGCGGUCACGGUGUCCUACUUCUUCGACAGUACCAGGAAUGUAUAUCGCAUCAUUAGCCUGGAUGGAUCUAAGCAUACCAUAGACAGUCGGGCGAACACCGUCUACGGCCUGGGCUUCUCGUCCGAGAGUCACCUGGUCAAGUUUGCAGAUAAGUUUGCCGAGUUCAAGGAGGCGGCGCGGUUAGCAAAGGAAAAGUCUCAGGAGAAGAUGGAACUCACCAGCACUCCCUCUCAGAGUGGGCCUGUAAAAAGGAAUGUGUUGUCAGUCAACAAACCUGGUAAAAAGAAGGAGUCAGCCCCGGGGGAUCUGCUGUCACCUGUGUCCCCCGAGAGCAUCAACGGCACAGACAGCGAGGCGGUCACGCCAGACACACCGCAGCACGCCGAAGCCAGAGCAGAGUCUUCCCAGAAUGCACUGCCUUUCUCACACAGCUCACCCUGCAUCAAUAAGCACUGGGAGGCGGAGCUUGCAGCACUGAAGGGGAACAAUGCCAAACUGACGGCAGCUCUGCUCGAGUCCACGGCCAACGUCAAACAGUGGAAGCAGCAGCUGGCAGCCUAUCAGGAGGAGGCGGAGCGGCUACACAAGCGGGUGACAGAGCUGGAGUGUGUGAGCGGUCAAACUACGGUCAUCAAAUCUCAAAAGACAGAACUUAACCAAACAAUAGAAGAGCUGGAGUUUGCUUUGAAGGCCAAAGAGGAGGAGUUGGAGAAGUUGGAGAGCGCUUUCCAGUCUCAAAAAGAGAAACUACAGGCAAGUCAAGGACUCUUAGAAGCAGAAACGAAGAGCCAGGUGCUGGAGGCCCAGCUGGGCGACCUGGAGCAGCGUCUGGAGAGCAGCCAGCAGGAGACGGAAGCCUUUCGCAAGAGUCUGCGCUCCCUGCUGGAGCUGCUGGACACCAAGAUCUUCGAGCUGACCGAGCUGCGGGACACGCUGGCCAAGCUCAUCGAGGGUAGCUAGAGAGACACACACACACACACACACUAACACAACCAGCCGCUCCAAUGAAAGAGCUCCACCUGCAUGUUGGCGCUCAUUUCAUCACCGACAUGUAAAAAAAAAAAGAAAGAAAGAAAUCCUCUCUUUUUCGUCUUCUUCUACUGUUUGAUUUCCACAUGUAUACGAUACGUGCGAGAGGGUAUGUUUACACGUGUUAUGCAUUAACGGUACACACAUUUUUGCUACAGCCACAUUGUUUACAAACAGCCAAGUGACGAGAGCUUUGCUCGGGACUCGCCUUCCCUCCACCUCACUCUGGAUCACACACAGAAACUCUGGAUUCUUUAUUUUUACCCUUUUUGAGCAGAUGUCACGUUUUCUUGCUCCUUCCUAUGUUUGGACUCUUUCAGCUUGGCUUUGGUGCAGUUUUGUAAACACCCGGAGCGGACCAUUAUUAUGCCCCCCUCCCAUCUUCUUCUUUGGUUUCUUUUUCAUCAGCCAAAUGAACACUUUUAAAGAGUCAGGUGAGAAGGACUCAAGCUUUUCUUAUACCCUGAGAUUCAAUCGUUUUUAAUUAUUAUUGUUAUUAUUAUCAUUAUUAUUGUUAUUGUUGUUAUUGUUAUUAUUAUUUGAACUCUGGAGAAUCAAAUGUGUUGAAGAGAACAACUAGCAGUGUUCCUCCUGUGACUGAAAUCCACUAAAGGACCACGAACCAAAAAAAAAAAAAAAAAGGGACGACGACGACAGAACGUCUUCUAUUCUUCUACAAAAUAAAAGCAAUACAAAAAAAAGAUAAGGGAUCAGCAUCAGAGGGUACACAACAACACUUUCAGGUAAUUUUACUCCAAUCUUGGGAUUUUAUUCAGUCGUCUUUCUUUCUAUACAAUCAUAGUGCACUUGUAAAAAUGGAGUUUGUGUGUGUGUGUGUGUGUGAAUCAGAAGAUCUGCUUUUCUUUCCCUUAUCGUUUCUGUUGCUACUUGAAGUGCAAUGAUUGAAUCCUUCUCUCCCUUUCUUAAUUUAUUACUAAAGUAACCGAUGAAAGCUGUACAAAAAGCAAAGAUCUUUAUUUACAUCUCGUAAUCCUUCUUAUCGUGUGGUACAUGGGUGUCAAGGUACUUUGUUUUUGUUUGUUUUUUUUGAAAAAAAGGCAAUAUUUUUGAACUCUAUUUAUCAAAGGAAAUGGAAAACACGGCAGGCGACCGGAAGUCGGAUUUGCAAAGAAACCUUUUCUUCAUUUUCUUUUGCCAAAUGACGUUUUCCUGUACAGAAUUUGUGCUGAUGUUGCCUUUGGUACAGAGAUGCAUCGACGGUAGCUAACUUGCGAUACCUUUUUUUUUGUGGGAUUAACUAUUGCCAAAAAUUCAGCAAUGUUCAGAGGGACGGAGCACGUACACCCGGAGAACACUAUCUAAGGGCUUGAUGUUGGUUCUGUUACAUAUGCGAGACUUGAGCAGUGACUUUAUCACGUCGAAAAAUAUAGAAUAUUACAGCUUCAAAUGGAGGAAGAAAAAAACAUUGGAAAUUCCCCAUUUGAAUAAUACUUUUAAAUGUUGAUUAUACUACAUGAUGAAAGACACAAAUUGUAAUUUUGAGUUUAUAGUAAAAAGAAAAAUGAAAAUCAA